UGUAGCGGGGGAUGAGCCUGUGAAGAGAUGGCAGGGAGAGAGCUGACACUCACAGAGGAAUGAGAACUUGUUGGGGAUGGCGGACAAACCUCUGACAGUGUUUGUGAAGCUGUUUGCCGCAGGCUUUUACGGCGUGAGCUCGUUUCUCAUCGUCGUGGUGAACAAAAGUGUCCUCACAAACUACAGGUUCCCUUCUUCAAUAUGUGUCGGAAUUGGACAAAUGUUGGCCACAGUGGUUGUGCUGUGGGUGGGCAAGGCUGCGAGGGUGAUCAGCUUCCCAGACUGUGAUGAGAGUAUACCUCGCAAGGCGUUUCCUCUACCUCUCCUUUAUGUGGGAAAUCAAGUCACUGGUCUGUUUGGAACCAAAAGGCUAAAUCUGCCGAUGUUUACUGUCCUCAGGAGGUUUUCCAUCUUAUUCACAAUGCUGGCUGAAGGAUUACUGCUCAAGAAGAAAUUCUCCAGGCCAGUCCAGCUGACAGUAUUUACAAUGAUCCUUGGGGCGUUUAUAGCUGCAAGCGCCGACUUGUCCUUCGACCUGCAAGGCUACGUGUUCAUUCUCCUGAACGACGUGCUGACUGCAGCCAACGGAGCCUAUGUGAAACAAAAAUUGGAUGCGAAGGAGCUGGGGAAGUAUGGAUUGUUGUAUUAUAAUGCUUUAUUUAUGAUAAUUCCUACUCUACUGUUUGCUCAUGUGACUGGAGAUGUGCAGAAGGCAGUGGAAUAUGAAGGCUGGUCAGAUGCAUUUUUCCUCACCCAGUUCAUCCUCUCUUGCAUCAUGGGGUUUGUUCUGAUGUAUUCCACUGUCCUUUGUACACAAUACAACUCUGCAUUAACAACUACGAUAGUGGGCUGCAUCAAGAAUGUCCUGGUGACCUACAUUGGGAUGGUGUUCAGUGGAGACUACAUUUUCUCUUGGACAAACUUCAUAGGUUUGAAUAUCAGUAUUGCAGGCAGCCUGGUGUACUCCUACAUCACUCUAACAGAAGAUCAGUCCAACAAAGCAAGUGAAGGCACCAAGCUGGAUCUCAAGGGCAAGGUGGUUGUAUGACAGAGACACUGGAUUUGAUUUUUUUAUUAUGCUGAUGAACAGGAAAACUCUAUUUUUAGUAUGAUUUAUUUAUGGAGUAUUUUAGUGGCGAAGGCAUGAGAUUAAUGAGAAUCUGUCACAGAAACUUCCUUUCUGUGUUUUUGUGGAAAUGGAGCCAUGCGUCACCCUGACACUCCUGCGGUUGCCACUAGGGACUGUGGGUUGAUUUUUAGAUGUUCUUUUUAAAUAUUUGUAUUUUGAUACUGUACAUGUGAGCACCGAGAAGAAGGGAAACAUGGAACCAAUAUUAUUUAUAUUACAACAUUUCCUGAACUGAACGUUAAAAGUAAUGUUGGGAUGGUGUAAUGUUUCCAGCUGGAUUUAUCGCUGGUUUUAAGCGUGGACUGACGAAUCAUGGGGAAAUUAAGUAAUGGUUAUUUUAAAGAAACAAUCCUUAUUUUUUUAUUGCCUUUUCUAGUUUGCUGUUUACAAGGACUGUAACUUUAGAUGCCUUCUAAGCACAGCGAGAUGCACUGACACUGUCAUUUUCUGUUGUUUCAGUCUUUAGUACAUUUCUUUAGAUUUUUGCGCAAACACUGUUAUAAGCUUUUUACAGACAAACGUAAGGACAGUAAUCUAACCUCAUCCUUCAAACAACCAAAGUGGAUGGGCAGUGGGCUGUCAGUUUCCAUCAAGGAUUGUGGCUUUAAUUAAUGUUCCUGCCUCCUUUUGGGAGAUAAUUUAAGAUAACAGUUUACAUUUUGUUCCCUCGGUAUUACAGAAUGUGUGUUGUGGAUUCUCAAAGGCUGUAACUGGUUCUCUCUAAGCAGAAUUAACAACUACUUAUGGUUUGUUAUUUGUACAAGGGGAUCCAUUUGUUUUUGUUUUUUCCUGACACAAUGUUAUCGCACUUUUAACUGAGGUAAAAAAAAAAAAGGGUGAAACUGCUUUGCCUCACAGUUACAUUCAUUGUUGAGACUGAGAUUAUUAUACUUUCCUGAAAUGUAUGUGUCAAGUAUUACGAUAAGAGGAACAUGGUUUUCUAAACCUUUCAAUAGUCAGGUACGAGUUUUGACUUUGUUUGUUUUUUACAUUUCUAUCAUUUUAUAUUUAUUACUUUUUUUAGACUAAUAUUCAUUCUGUAGGUGGAGCGACUUGUGAAUUUGAAGGUGAUCUCAUCUCAAUCACAGCAACCAUGGAUUUGUAGCAUUGAUGUAUUUUUUCAUUAAAACUGUUGACAUAA